AUGAAAUACGCCAAGCGCAUUCUCUACGAGACGGUGAUUUUGCCCUCCAAACGCCCCGAUCUGUUCACCGGGCUUCGCGCGCCGCCCAAGGGCAUUCUGCUGUUCGGUCCUCCAGGCACAGGGAAGACGAUGCUGGCCAAAGCGGUGGCGACGGAGUCGAACGCGUUCUUCUUCAGCGUGUCGUCGUCGACGCUGACGAGCAAGUGGGUUGGAGAGAGCGAAAAGAUCGUGCGCGCGCUGUUUCGCGUGGCGUAUCGGAACCAGCCGUCGAUUCUGUUCAUCGAUGAGAUCGAUUCGAUUUUAACGGCGCGGAGUGAGAACGAGAACGAGUCGAGUCGUCGACUGAAAACGGAGUUUAUGGUGCAGCUGGACGGCGCGUCGACGACGGGAGAGGAGCGCGUGCUGAUUAUGGGAGCGACCAAUCGGCCGUUUGAGCUGGAUGACGCGGUGAUUCGACGAAUGGCGCGGCGUGUUUAUAUUCCGUUGCCGGAUAAAGGAACGCGAUUUGAGCUGUUUAAAAUCUUGCUGAAGGGUCAGAAAGUGAAGCUGGACAAGGAAGAUGUGAAGGUCAUUCUGGAUCGCAGCGAGCAUUAUUCCGGAUCGGAUAUCAAGAGUCUGUGUAAGGAGGCCGCGAUGGGUCCUAUUCGGGAGGUCGAUGAUUUGAUGCAGGUGGAUGCAGGGAAGAUUCGUCCCAUUCAACGACAAGAUUUUUUGGAGGCUUUUCGAGUGUGCGCGCCGUCGGUAAAUCCGAGUUCGCUGCGGCAGUAUGAGGAGUGGAACGAGAGGUUUGGAUCGAAGGGAGAGGAGAAAGCGAGCGAGGAGAGCGUGGAGGUCGAGGGGAUUUCUUCGGGAUUGGGUGUGUGUCAGUCCUAUUGAUCAUCAAAUGUAAUUGUU